AUGCCGGAGUUGUCUUCUAAGGGUACGACUAUUUCUAAGAAAGGUUUCAAGAAGGCUGUAACUAAAACUCAGAAGAAAGAAGGAAAAAAGCGCAAGAGAUGCCGGAAAGAGAGUUAUUCCAUUUACAUUUACAAGGUGUUGAAGCAAGUUCAUCCCGACACUGGUAUCUCUUCAAAGGCUAUGAGCAUCAUGAAUUCUUUCGUUACCGAUAUCUUCGAACGGAUCGCAGGGGAGGCGUCGCGCUUAGCACACUAUAACAAGCACUCAACCAUUACUUCCAGAGAGAUCCAGACGGCUGUGCGCCUGCUUCUACCAGGGGAGUUGGCCAAGCAUGCGGUGUCUGAGGGCACUAAGGCUGUCACGAAGUAUACCAGCUCAAAGUAAACUUUCGAAGU